AUGGAUCAAUAUAAAGACUCUAUGAAGCUUCACAUCAAUAAUGAAAUUAAGAAGGUUGGUGCUAUGCCCUCAGUCUUUGAAUGCCUUUAAGAUAGACAAACUCUACUUAUAGAUUAGAAAAUAAGUGAGACUGUAAACACAUACAAAAAUAGUGUGAUUAAAGAAUCUGAAAUUAAUAUGACCAAGGAAUUGAACGGAGUUCGAUUCCAAAUAAUUAACAAAGAAAUAGAUUGCGAUCCACCUGUACCACUUCCAAUAGUUUAAGAUGUGAUAUCUAUUACUGAGGAAUCAUAAACUAAUUCAGAAUAUAGUGGCGCAAACUCAAAGAAGGCGUUAACGUAGUUUCUGACAGAUGCUUUAAAGUUCUAGGGGGCUUUAUCAGCUUAGAAGUUAGCUAAGUAUUAGAAUAUGUAUAUUAUUGAUCUGCAGAACUCCAUAAAUAAUGAAGGAUAGACAACGGUUAUAUAUGAAUCAGUUGAUGGGGAGGAAAUAAAAUACAUAAGAGAUCACAACUAGUCAUAGUUUAAAUUAGAAUUAAUUGCUGGAAAAGAAGUCUUAUGA